UACUAUAACAUGGGUAUUUACAGUUUCAUAAAUCAAUCUAAUCUGCUGAAUAUUUAAUGCAAGCUCAAUGAUUAGGUCUGAUAUCCUACUAAAGACAAAUAAACUUUCUCCGAUCGCUCCCUCCCACUCCAACUUAUGUGGUAUAACGGUUAAGCAUUUCGCCGUCGCACAACGAAGACCCGAGUUCGGUUCCCAAGCGGAUGGUUUUUGUUUAUCGAAUACAAGUAUCUCGGUCUUUCCGCUGGGACGUUGUAUCCCUCUCAGCCUUGGUUGGUCCUGGCAGACAGGGUCAAAACCCGCCUCCUGAGUGAUCUAAUUCAUCUAAAUUGUGUCCAUGUUGGCGAAAGUUUCUAUAAAGAUUCUACAUGAUUUUCACCACUAACCGCUGCAGCGAAGCCGCAUGUAAAUUAGAGCAUGCCAAUUGUCCAACCUCACUGGUCAGUGCAUAGGUUUAACGCUCUUUUCAACAUUAUUUAAGAGACGGGGCCUCCGAAUUUAACGUCCAUCUGCAACAGGGUAAAAUUACCCGGAUGGUGAAUCUUAAAUUCUCCCCCAAAACCACCCACAACCACCGAAUGGGAUUCGAACAAGGGCCAUCCGCCUGGUAGUCCAGCUGAUUCAGCUAACUCGGCUAACAAACAGUGCUCCCUGUUCAGCCUCUAAGAGGGAAGUUUGGAGGUACACGACCGUUAGCCCAGUCACAAUCUUUAGCCCUCUCACUAUUGUCUACUCGUGCACGUACCUACAACCUAUGGAACGGAAAACUUACAAACAGACCCAGCGGCUCCGUCAAUAAACCAAUUGAUUUUUUCGUCCUACGAACAAGAGCUAAGUAAUCCUUUCUCCCCCACCCUUUCGAUCAACUUGGGACGGCUCAUGGUCCGACUUGAAACAGCUGUGGACCCUGGGCGCGUUCCGAAUCAGAUCAAUUUCUACACAUUUCUUAAAAAAACUUCCUAACCGCUGCUCUCAAGCGGAACCUUUCCAAUCAGAGAAAACAUGUUUGUGUUGUGUACAAUAGUUAUAUUCUUAUUAUAACGUUUUCUCAAGUUGAGAGCACCUUUCUAAAUCAAGACAGCUGUAGUAAUUAUUUGCAGGGUAAGCAUGUUUUUGCUCUCUUUUUUUUCCUCUGCAUUCUGUCUGCAACACUUUUAAUGUUGAUUACGAGAGGCUUUGUAAAGGAACAACUCUCCUCGCACUGUGCUCGGUUUAGCUGUGGUGUGGAACGGACGUACGUUACUGGUUAAAAACAGAACAUUGUGAAUUGUAUUCACGCAGUCUAAACCAAAGUCUUCUAACUGUUAAAUCGGAACUUGUCCUGCUGUGUUCCUUGUUUCUGCUUACUUUUGCGUUGUAUGUAAGGGAUUUAUUUUUGCCAACUGUUAAUUAGCGACGACGAACAAGUCAGCCAAGUUUUUUGACUGCGGUCACUGCGGGAGGAAACGGAUUAUUCCUUUUGACUGAGGGUUGAAACAAUUAUAUAGACCACCAUACUUCGGAAUAGCUGUGAAGACGUGAAGAGGGAACGACAGAACUCAGUAAACGAAUCAGAUCAAGAUGUCCGAUUUGGAGAAAUCUUACAGUGGGGAAGACAUGAUGACUGAACCAAACCAGGCCAUGAUAGACAGAAUGCAGGAGGUCAUGGCGGAGAAAGCAGCUGAGCUGUUCCGCCUGUGUGAUCACGAGGACAAGGGUUAUAUCACCAAGACGGACAUGCAGCGACUACGGGAGGAACUGCCUGUGUCCCAGGACCAGCUGGAGGUUGUCUUUGACUCGCUGGAUAACGACGGCAAUGGAAGCUUGACGCUCGACGAGUUUACCGACGGCUUUGGGAGUUUUCUGGGUCUCCGGUCCCAGUCGUCUAGAGAUGAGUUAGAUGAAGGAGCUGACGGCCAGCGAGGAUGUCAUCAAGGCAAUGUGGCAAAAGCUGCGCCGGGAGGAGCCAGAUAUGGCUGGCACUUUCGAGGAGUUCCUGGCUCGUCUCUCGGGGGACAUCAAGAAGGCAAAAGUCGAUUUCCAGUCUCUGGAGUCUGCUCUGUUGAGUAAGAACAACGAGCACGAAGAAGAGGUGAAGAAAUUAUAUGAAGAGAUGGAGUCACAGAUCAAACAGGAGAGGGAACAAAUACUUGCUGAGGAGAAAAUGAAGGAGAGGCAGAUCAAAGGAGAACUAGAGGAACAAGUACAUGAGAAGGAGAGACAGCUACAGGAGAUUCUAUCGAGACAUCAAGAGGAGAAAGAUCGCUUGGAGGAAAUGCUGAGCCAGUCACAAGAUGAUUUAGAAGAGUCGCGCACAUACAUACAACAAAUGCAGGUCCAGCAAAAGGAUGAGAAGAGAGAGAGAGCAAGGGCUGCACUGAUGCUGUCAGAAGGAAUUGCUAUUGAGAGAGAGAGUUUAGUGAAGCAGUUGGAUCUUCUGAAAGAUGUGAACAAGAAACUCCGUGAUGACAAGGAUGAGGCUGAGGCAACUGAAGCCAGGCUGGGCAAGCAGAAGCGGGACCUACGGAGCGAGUCGAGCCGAAACCAGCAAGGAAGGAACUUCGUAAGCAGGGUUCAGUACUCUCCAAGUACUUUCCAGGGGGACGAGUCCAGAAACGUUCGUCAGAACUGGGCUCCUUUGAACUAGAUUUGGACAACGAUGGAGAUGGAUGACGAUGCGAUUGACGUUGACGAUGGUGAUCUUGAUGAGCAAGCACUACGGGGUGCAAAUGUCCUUAUGUUGUCUAGUGGUCAUCCUGAUCAUCAUCGUCACAGCGAUGCCAGUGGAGAUGGGAGUGGAGAGGAGGAGGCUGUUGGGACUGGACAAGGCGGAGUGGGGAUGGAGGAUGGAGGAGAUGGAUCUGGACAAACAGGGGGUAAAAAAAAGAAAAGGAAAUUCCGGUUUCACACAAAGAGGUCACAGCCAGUUGGUGCUGAUGCUCAUGUCAGUGCAGAAACAAAUGUUGUCAAGCCCCAGAGAAUCUUUAAGGUAGUCUUUGUUGGAGACUCUGGAGUCGGAAAGAGCAGUUUCAUUCAUCGAUUUUGCCACCAAGAGUUCAGACCAAAUUUUGCAGCUACAAUAGGUGUGGACUUUCAAAUAAAGACGAUGGAUUCUCGGAACACGACAUGCAUCCUGCAGCUCUGGGACACAGCGGGCCAGGAGCGGUACCGCUCUCUGACUAAUGCCUAUUUCCGGAAAGCUGAUGGGGUCAUAGUUAUGUACGAUGUCACUUCGGAGAAAAGUUUCAUGAGUGUCCGCAACUGGAUGGGAUGUGUUCAGACGCAAGUGGAACCAGGAACUGUGAUUGCUCUACUAGGAAACAAACUUGAUGUAACGGAGGAUGACUCUCACAGGCCGGUCAAGGAAAAGGAUGGGAUGCUUCUCGCUGAUGAAUAUGAAGCUAUCUUCUAUGAAACCAGUGCAAAAUCUGGGGCAAACAUUCAAGAGGCUAUGGAAGCAUUUACCAGUUGGCUCCAGGAAAAAGAAGACAAGAGAAUGGAAGAUGGAUUGAAAUUGGUAGAGACCCCAAACAAGAAGGGAUGCUGUGGAAGAUAAUUUCCAUAGAAGGAGAGUUUGCAGGCUGAAAUGAAAUAAAAUGGAAACUAAAAACAAAAGUCCAGAUUACGAGACCCAAGCUCCCUCUGCCCCCAAUUCCUCGCAUUGUGAUGAUCUCAGUUUCAUGUAAUAUAUUGUGUAAAUAAUUUAGAAUAAAUAAUUCCCCUUUGUAUCAUGUUUAAUAUUUUUGUCAAUAAUUGUAGCCUACAUUCAUGCAUAUCAAAAGGGAAAUGUUUCAUUUACUUAUUCUUAGCUAGCUACCUAUACUGUGAUACACUCCUCUUUACUGGAAGCAUUGCAAUGUACUUUAUCAAUUCCUUUCUUUUUAUUUUUUUGGAACCCCUUUUUUUUAUAUGUGGCCUUCCAGGCUUGAGAAAAAAUGUGUCCCACAGUUGUUCUAUACUGAUGAUAGGUAUGUUUAGAAACUGUUUCAACCUGAAGAAUUGUGCAAUGAAGUCAUUGAUCUUGUCUCAAGGGACUUGCCAUACAACAUUAUGUGUUCAGCCACUUGUGCCUGGGGAAUAAAGGGUCCAGUUUGUAUCAUAUAAUAUUCUUUAUUUUAGGCCUCUGUAUGAAUUCUGAAUUAUAUUGUUGUGUUCCUGCAAAUCCAUGACAAGUUUCUAUAUAUAUAAGUUGAACAAAGCAUUCCAACAACUAUACCAUACUACAUUUUCCAUUAUACACAUCAAUCAAUGAUUUUGGGCGAGUUUUUAUGCAAUGCCAAAAAUAUGUUGUGCAUAUUAUUAUACUGAUGUUACUAAUAUUUCACUGCUGGGAAGCUUUACGGAGAGGACUGCUGCUAACACUAAUUACAGUGUAGAAGUUAAUAACACAAAAUAAGAUGGCUUCCAGACAGGCAAAAACUGCAAUGUAAACUUUAUGCAAGGAGACCCUGUUGAAUGCAAUAUUAAUUCCCAGUUGUUGACAGAACUUCCAUAUAUAUAACUUAAAUACUUUUGUUAUGCAAUGUUUUCAUUUCUUCUACUAUUCAUUCCUUUUAUUGAGUUGUUAUAGUCCAAUCUGUCUCGUAUGCAGUUGUCUCUUAUUGUGUUUUAGAAUCGCUGCCAAGUUCCAUAGCUUGAGGCAUCAUGUGUGAAUGGCUGGUUUAACAAUCAAGCAAAUGCAAGACUUGAAAUUCUGAUAUCAUAUAUAUACUUUACACAAGACAUACUGGGGAGUCUGCUUAGUUUGAACACAGUUAAUCAGAAAACAGCAGGAAGCAGAAAGAAAAUAAAAUACCUGAUUUUUUUCUUUUUUUGUCUUUGUAAGAAAACUAUCAGUCAGCCAAAAUACUCCCACUCAUUUCUAAAAGAAUUUGGAGGGUUAUGUUGUGUGAACUUGCACUAAGCAAUCCUGAAGAAAUGAAGUUGAUCAAGUCUUACACGCUUCAAGAGAUACAUGAAUGCAUGGGUGUCAGUUGCUGGCCAGCAAAGAGAGGCAUCGCCAUUGCACUGUUUGCCUAUGUUUAUCACAUUCACAUACAUUGUGUAGGUCUAAUGGCGCAAUCUUUGGUUGGUCAUAGCCUAUCAUCUCAGUGAAGCUAAUUCACAUAUGCCCUUUUAACAUGAGCACAGGACUUAAUGUGGGGGGGGGGGGGGGGGGUUGCGCCACUGACAUUAUUGGGCUUUCUUGUUUAGUUCGUUGAUUUACUCUUUCAUCUGUUUGAUGUGACCAUUCCACUGAAUAAUAAUUAAGCCCAAGCUGACAAUAUUGAAGUGGAAGACAAAGCCCAAUACUAAUAACCUUCAGCUCAAAUUAGAAUGAUCGAUGAAAAAGUUAGAUGAUGAAAAAGUUUCAAAAAGUUAAAUUUGUUACAAGCACAGCAUUCUCAAUUGUAGGCCAUCGACAAUUAUCAUAAAUUACUAUGACUAUUUGAGCGACCUGGCAUAACCAAAGAAAAUCUGGCAUUUUCCAACAGAUUUGGAUUUAAUCUAGCGGACUCAACUGUGCUGUUUGACAGGGUAAAUGCCUUUUAUUUUCACCUUAAUCUGUGAUUUUUCAUCACUUGCGCAUUUCUAUUUCUAACAAAGAUGCCCAAAUCUGAGCAUAUAGGCCUAUUCAGCAUCUAUGUUGCAUCAGUUAUAAGGCUCUUUGCCUUGUUUUUUUGCACACUCCUUUUCUCUACAACCUUUCUACAACUUAACUGUGGAAUUCGGGGUGGUAACUGUUCAUAAAAAAGAAAACACAUUUCUAUAGUAUGCAUGUACGUACAUUGUAAAUACUUUUAAACCUUACUUGGACAUCAUCACACACAAUUUUAUAUAAUCUAUGAAAUUGAUUUGAAAAGUUACUUUAGAUUACAUGGGGUUGUUGUUGUUUUUUUAUAUAAAUGGGAAAUUGUGGUUCAAUUUUUAUGAUGAAAUUAGUUCAUGUUAUUUGUGCAAUUCUGCAACACACCCUGAAAUGGCUUUAAAAAUCUUACCAUGUACUUGAUUUGAGCAUUUUAAAAUUCUUCAGAAGAGAAAAAAAAAAGAAAAGAGCUGCACUGACAAAUUAUAUUCAAAAUUACAAUGAAUAAAACUGGGAUAACACUUUUGAGCAUCGAAGUUGUUCCUGGGGCUUAAUUUCAGCCGUUUUGUCAAGUCAAAGCAAAACCAUGACCACUUGGAAGUGCUUGAAGUGAAGCACAUACUUGUUUAAUUUAAUACUUUGCAGUCACUUGGUGCAAUGAUGCACAGGCCCAAGAAGGCGGUGGCAGUCGCUCUCCUGGCUGGGUGACCAGAUAGGGUAUUUUGUACUGCUGGCUGUGUGACUGCAAAGUGUUAACCAGUCAGUAAUGGAUGUACCAAGCAAGUGAUGUGCACCGGUGUCUGUGGUGUUGUGUUGUGGAUAGGUGCUUCGUUGUUGCACGCAGGAGACCUGAGUUUGAUUCCAGAGCGGGGAGCAAUAUUUAUUGAGUAUCCUGUUUUUCUGCUGGGAUGUUGUGUCCCUCUCAGGCUGAGUCAGAAACCUGCCUUUCUAAUUAUCUAACUGUGCCGAUAGGGGCAUAAAAAACAGCUGCAUACUUUAAAAAAAGUGAUGUGUGCUUUUGCCACACACAAGGCAAGUGUUGAUCUCUCUCUCUCCCUCUCUCUCUCUCUGCCCCCCCCCCCCCCUCCCCACUCAACAUCAGGACACCGCUCAUUAGACACCAAAGGUCACUUUACAGACACAUCUGUCUCUGUUGUAUCUGUAGAUUUAUGUACCAAGUUUAAGUUUAAGUCUGUGAUCACAUAGAAAGACUUCGAUAUUUUUAUUUAUAAUAUUAAUUUGUUUAUUAUUUCCCCUUUUUUUUUGCAUUUAAGUUUAAGAUGCUUGUUGUACUUAGGGUUUGAAUAUCAAUCCACUUUAUCAUAAAGUAAAAAGUCAGAUAUUUCUUUCAUUGUAUGAAAAUUAACAAUGCCAAGUAUGCACAUGUAGAGAUCUAUUUAAUUUUUUACAUCAACCUCUCAUGCCAUGCUCAUGCUUAUUUUCUUCAUUCACCAAAUUCAGAAAGAGUUGAAUCUCAGUUGUUCGGUGUGUAUGUGUGUACAAAUUGUGACAUAAUUUUGCAUUCCAAUUCAGAAGUAUGAAUAUCGGCUGUCACCAUGUAUAUUAUGAUUAUCUUUACACAUGAUGUUCAUGGUAAUGUCUACACAUUGCAUAAAUGCUUCCCAAUCUGCAUUCUUUUUAAUGUAUGUGGUAAGAUACAAAGUGUUCAUAUAUGUUUUCACAAUGUAAAACCCCUUCUGACUGAACAAUAGCCCAAUAGAGUCCAUAAAUUUAGCAUUGUAGUCCUGUUGCGAAAAUUUAUUUUAAGCAAAAUCUGUAUAUAUAUAGUCCAAGCGCACAGAAAGCAUCUUAUUAUGUUUUAACAAAUCCAGUUCUUUCCACAUUUAGAUUUUUUAUCUGCAUUCUCUAUUUCUUUAAUUACAAAGUGUGGAUUUGCGUAGCCGAUGUAGGCUACUCUGAACAAAAUCAGAAGAAUCUGAGAAUCAUCAGUUUGAAAGCAGCACAGUCAGCCCCUGCACAUUGCUCUCUACCUACCUUUAUAAGUGUCGAUUUUGUCUUAGACUGUCACUCAGUAUACCAUCUCACUGUAGGGAUUAAUAAGAUUUAGAGGUCACAAAAAAAUUGUCCCUUCCAUGGCAACCCAGACUCAUUCCAAAGGAUGAAUGCCGACUAAAGUAACAGUAACACUUUCUUCUGUUGCCCCUGACACAGAAUUUACUAGUUCUGCAAACAUGGAUUGUUCCCUCCUUUACACUUUAUAAUAAUAUAUGCGGUCAGACCACCAUCUUGUGUGUACAGUAGGCCUAUUUAUUGUUUUAACUUCCCAAGGGUAAUUGAAAGGUUUUUGGAGAUUCAGCUCAGUAGGACUUUAGUCCUUUUGAUCUCAUGCUCAAUUAGGCUAGGCCUACAUUAAAUAUAAAAUUUACAACAGUACAGUUGCCUCCGUUAAUCUCAUUUUUAAGUACUGAAAACUGAUUGUGGAUCUCAACUCCUCAUCUUUUACAGUACAGGGUGUGAAAAAUCUUAAGAAUGUGACAACUGACAAUGGUUCAGCGAUAUAUUGAAAGUUGAUGUACAUGAUGUAAUUAAAUUUCCCAAUGGUCUUACUUAUGGAAAGGUGCUUCGCAGCAAUUAAAUAUAAUAUAAUAUUAUAUAUUAAAAGCU